AUGUGGACCCAACUCUUCCCGAGCUCUUUCUUGGCCUUGCUGCUGGCCUCUGUCACGGCCGGUUACCAUGUAGAGCCAAGGUCUCUCAACCUGUUUUCUGAUACAAACCUCGUCUCACUGGCGACGACGCCAGACCCGCGGAAGAAUAUCGACCCCUACGACCCGCACUCACACUUGUACAAUAUCCUUAUCCCACGACCUCCGGACACGGCCAAUAAUACGCUCGUACGCAACUAUAUCGCCAAGACGUUACGUGAUCUGCAAUGGCAUGUUGAAGAAGACUCAUUCGAGGACGAGACGCCAUACGGACGCAAGAAGUUUACAAACAUUAUUGCAACCAAGGAUCCGGACGCGCCGAGGCGCAUAAUUCUGGCCGCACAUUUUGAUAGCAAGUUCUUCCCUACAGCACCAGAUAAUCAAUUUCUGGGGGCAACCGACUCUGCUGCUCCCUGUGCAAUGUUGUUGGACCUCGCCGGGGCCUUGAAUCCAAUGUUAAAUGAAAGAAUGGAGCGAUUGGAGCAUGGCCUCGCGGACGAUGAAGAGGAAGAGGCAGGGGAGACCACCCUCCAGCUAGUUUUCUUUGAUGGGGAAGAGGCGUUCAAAAUUUGGACAGCAACAGACUCGAUAUACGGUGCUCGCCACCUAGCGGAGAAGUGGUCUACUGAAUUCGUUUCCCCAAUCCAAGCCCGCAAGCUCUUCCGGGCCGAGACCCAGAUAUCAACCAUCGAACAUUUUGUCCUUCUCGACUUACUGGGUUCUCCCCGACCACUUAUCUCUUCUCACUUUCCGUCGACUGCGUGGCUAUUCGACGGCCUAGUUCAUAUCGAACACCGUCUGGGUCGAAUCGGAAUGUUCAACGAAGACCCGAAUGCUAACCCUGGACAAUCAGAUCCUGACGGCGAGGCUGGCGAGUGGCACGCCUGGAGCAGCUUCUUCGUCCCACGGAGUAGCUAUGCGCAUAACUGGGGUGGUAUUGAGGAUGACCAUAUCCCGUUUAUGCAAAGGGGUGUCAACAUUCUGCAUAUAAUUGCAACACCAUUUCCUCAGGUUUGGCAUACGAUAAAGGAUGAUGCGUCUGCAUUGGACAUCCCGACGAUGAGACGAUGGAACAUUCUCUUCCGUGUCUUCACCGCCGAAUAUCUGAGACUGAAGCCGUCCAAUUACAAUCACAAACGAGAUGAACUGUAG